CCAGACUGGAAAGUAGAAGAUGAGGACAUCACACAGUAUAGUCCAGGAGAAAACCCGGCUCCCUCCAAUGUCCAUCCGGCACCACCCAGUGUAGAUGGACCAUCGGAUUCCUCGUAUCCUGAGGAACCUCAGACUGUGCGGGACCGGGCCGGCCUUCCAACAGGGAAGAGCUUCUCCUGUACUGAGUGCGGAAAAUGUUUCCAUUUCUAAAUCCAGCCUUAAUAGGCAUAAAAGAUCUCACACGGGGGAAAAGCCUGUAUUCCUGUCCUGAGUGUGGGAAAUGUUUUAAAGAAGUCCAAUCUUUACAAACAUCAGAGAGUGCAUACAGGUGAAAAGCCAUAUUCCUGUCUGAGUGUGGGAAAUGUUUUUCACAGAAGUCCCAUCUUCACAAACAUCAGAGAUCUUACAUGGGGAGAAGCCCUUUCCUGUCCUGAGUGAGGGAAAUGUUCCUCACUGAAGUCCUGUCUUCCUGUACAUCAGGGGUCCCACACAACCCUGGAGGUGUAUUAGUGCCUUGAG